AUGGCAUCAAAGCUUGUGGUUUUUGGAGGAAACGGAUUUUUAGGUAAAAGGAUUUGCCAAGAAGCGGUAACUGCAGGUCAUCGAGUCGUUUCGGUGUCAAGAUCCGGCAAAGCCCCUCAAGGCACAGAAUUAAAUGAUAAACAAUGGAUACAGGAGGUCCAAUGGACCGCUGCUGAUAUUUUUAGGCCUGAAUCUUACCACGAGCUAUUAAAGGAUGCUUCUAAUGUGGUUCAUUCUUUGGGAAUCCUUCUGGAGAAUGAAAAUUAUAAGAAAACUCUGUCGAAAACCCCCACGAAUGAUUCAAAAUCAUACUUUUCACCCUUUCAAACAGGCUCAAAUCCCUUGAAAAAAAGUAGUCCUAAUUUUACUUACGAAAUGAUGAAUAAGCAAAGCGCUGUUAUUUUAGCAAAUACAUUUAAGCAGGAAAUCCUUGCAAAAAGCAAGGGGGAGCAGGCAAAAGUGAGUGAAAGAUCUUUCACAUACAUUUCUGCCGAUAAAGGAUUUCCAAUGAUACCUAGCGGCUAUAUUAAUUCAAAGAGGGAGGCUGAAAUUGAACUAGAGAGAAUGCAGGAAUAUUUCAGGCCUAUUAUUGUGAGGCCUGGCUUUAUGUUCGAUGAGCGUAGAAAUGCAAUUGGACCGCGGUCACUUAUACACAGUGCUCUUGAACUGCUUUACUGUGGUAACAAGUUUCUAUUGCAAAAUAAACUGCAAUUUAUGAAUGACUUAAUCAGACCAACAGUAUCCACGCAACAAGUGAGCCAUUCAAUUCUGAAAAAGAUCGAAAAUUCGGAUUUUAAAGGAGUUGUUACACUUGAGGAAAUACUCAAGACGUGA